CUCUUCCUACGUACGUAUUUUCCCUCUCUCAAAUGGCACCUCCAAUGACCACCGUUGCUGACGAAGCCGAAGUAGCAAGCAUCAAGACACUUACCAACGCCGGUGCUGAACUCAACUCCGUGCCAUUUGAGUACACCUACAUCAAGAACCCCAAGGAUCAAGCUAAUGCCAGUGACCCAGAGCACUCUAUUCCCACCAUCGAUUACGCCCAUCUCACCUCCGGCUCCCCCGAACUCCGGUCCAAGGCCAUUGAAAAGCUUGGCAAAGCUUGUGAGGAAUGGGGCUUCUUUCAGGUUAUCAACCAUGGUGUACCUGAGAACCUGAUGAAAUCAAUGAUCGAGGCGUGCCAAAAGUUUUUUCAGCUUCCUGAGGAAGAGAAGAAGGAGUUCCAAUCAAGGAAGCUGCUGGAACCAAUCAAGUGCGGGACAACCUAUAACUUUGCGAUAGAGAAAGUUCGUCUGUGGAGGGAUUACCUCAAGGUCAUAGCACAUCCCGACUUCCACUCCCUCCAGAAACCAGCUGAGUACAGCGACAUUUCAAUGAAGUUCAGCAAACAAACUCGACAAGUUGCUACCGAAUUGUUGAGCGGAAUCUCAGAGAGCUUAGGGUUGGAGGCUGAGUACAUAGCCAAGGCGAUGAACUGGGACCGCGGCCUACAAAUCCUCGCUGCUAACUAUUAUCCGGCCUGUCCACAACCCGACCAAGCAAUCGGAAUCCCCCCUCACACCGAUCACGGACUCGUGACUCUCCUUAUUCAGAACGAAAUGGGUGGCCUUGAAGUCCAGCAUAACGGCAAGUGGGUGCUCGUUGAUUGUGCUCCGGGUUCUUUUGUCGUUAACAUUGGUGACCAAAUGCAGAUCUUGACUAAUGAUAAGUACAAGAGCGUAUGGCAUCGGGCUGUUGUGAACAACAGAGCUACAAGGAUCUCCAUAGCUGUACCACAUGGACCUGCACUUGACACUGCUGCUCUGCCUAUCCCGGAGUUGUUGGGUGGCGAAGCACCAAAAUUCAUCGGAAUGUCCUAUGAAGAGUUCAUGGAACUUCAGGCUAGCCCAGCGUCUUGGAUCAGGCCUUGCUUAGAUCACCUGCGAGUCAAGGCCGAGUGAACCAACUCAAAAGCUUGCCCUUAAUUUCCAUCCAACUACGUAUGUAUACGUCAGCUCCAUCGCUGAGGUAGAAACAGCAUGCGCAGAGUGUUGUAUCAUUUUAUUUCUCGAUUCCCUUUGUGGAAGGGGAUUAAUUCUGUCUUUUUAUCAAGUAUUAUACCAUUAAUUUAUACGCGAGAUUUCUAUAAAAUUAUUGAAUACUAAAUUAUAUAUGUAU